AAAGUGUACAGUUCAACAGCGAUACGGAUUAAAUUAACAAACAAGCAAGUAGAAUAUGCCACAGAUACGGAUUGCUCCCAAGGAGGAGGCUGUGGAGGAGGAGGAGGAGGAGGCGAAGUCAAAGUUGCCGAAGGAGCAGUGGGGCAAUGGUCUGGAGUUUCUAUUCUCCUGCAUCUCGUUGUCUGUCGGCUUGGGAAAUAUCUGGCGUUUUCCCUACAUUGCCUUUCAAAAUGGCGGCGGCACAUUUGUGAUACCCUAUCUAAUAGCACUGCUGGUAAUUGGACGACCUGUAUACUAUUUGGAGAUCUCUUUGGGUCAGUUUCGUGGCGGCGGUGUUCUGCGCGCCUUUGAUCUGGCGCCCAUACUAAAGGGCGUGGCAGCGGGUCAGGUGCUGGCCACGGGCGCCUCCAUAACCUACUACUCAAGCAUUAUGGCGCUGACACUGCGCUUCCUAUUCGCCUCCUUCAGCACGGUGCUGCCCUGGAGCGACUGCCGCGAAAGCUGGGGUGACGAUUGCCACAAUGGCAGCGCUGCCCCUAAUGCCACUGGCAAAAUGUCACCUGCUCAACUGUACUUUGAGCGUGAAAUACUGCAUGAGCUGCACAGCAUCGAGGAUGGUCUGGGUGCGCCCAAUUGGGAGUUGGUUGCCAGUUUGGCCGUUGCUUGGCUCAUCAUUGGCGGUGUUCUGAUAAGGGGCAUCAAAAGCAGCGGCAAAGCCGCCUACUUUCUAGGCGUGUUUCCCUACGUGGUGUUACUGAUUCUGCUGGUGCGAGCACUGACGCUGCCUGGUGCCUGGGAUGGCAUUGUGUACUUCUUUAAGCCACAGUGGAGGGAGCUGCUCAAUCCGCUCGUUUGGUAUGCAGCUGUUACCCAGGUCUUCUUCUCGCUGGCCAUUUGCUUUGGUACACUGAUAACCUAUGCGUCCUACAACAACUUUAAUCGGAAUGUAUACAACGAUAUUGUAAUCAUUACCACAAUGGACUCGUGCUCAUCAAUAAUUGCCGGCUGCAUUACCUUUGGCAUUUUGGGCAAUUUGGCCAAAGAGACGGGCAUUACGGAUAUUGGCAGCGUGAUGAAGGGCGGCACCGGUUUGGCUUUCAUUUCAUAUCCGGACGCGAUUGCCAAGUUCGAGUAUGUGCCACAGAUGUUUGCGUUCCUUUUCUUCCUAAUGCUCUUUGUCCUAGGCAUUGGCAGUACCGUUGGCAUGGCCGCCUGCAUCCUGCGCGUCAUCCGUGACCAAUUUGGCCAAAAUGCGGGUCCCAGCUGGGCACUCGCUGGCGGCCUCGCUGCCCUGGGCUUUGGUCUGAGCAUCGUAUAUGUGACACCCGGUGGACAGUUCAUUGUCAAUCUAGCCGAUUCCUAUGGCGUGUCCUUUACCGCACUAAUACUGGCCAUUGGAGAACUGCUCGCCGUUGCCUGGUUCUAUGGCUUGCGACGCUUUUGCGCUGAUAUCAAGUUCAUGAUGGGCAUCGAGACAGGAUGGUACUGGCGCUUCUGCUGGGCCUACAUCACGCCCGGACUGAUGACCGCUGUGCUGAUUUAUAUGCUGCUCAACAUGAAUAAACUUACGUACAAACGUGUCGAGUAUCCACAUAGCGCACACGUCUUUGGCUAUUGCUUGGCUUCAAUUGGCUUGUUGCAGCUGCCUGGUUGGGCUUUGUAUGCUUGGUACAAGCAGCCUAGAACAUGUGGCAGCUUAUGGAUGCGUCUACGCGCUGCCUGCCAACCAGACGAUUCCUGGACACCCGCCUGUGGACAGUUGCCACAGGAAUGAAAAUUGCUAUUGGCUGAUGCUGCGUAUACGUUAUGUCUCAAGUGCAUCUGCAAGUGUUUAAAGUAGAUUGUGUACAACUGAAUAAAUGAUGUGAAUAAGCAAACUUUAAACAGUGGCCACAAAAAAUAA